AUCCUUUAUUUAUAUUGUUUUGUCUCUCAAAUAAAUAAAUCAUUUAGUGCUGACAGUAAUUAGAAGCUAAUUUCAUACCUUGACUUCUAUCUGUCCCAACAGUAAAUUUAUAAUGGGCAACAUCAUGUAACAAGUGUUUUUGAGAAAAAAGCUGACGGUUAGAAUUCGCAACAUGAGUAACUUGACUUGGGAGCCCAGAAGCUUAGAAAGUUUGCUAGAAGUUGACGAAAACUUCAACUACCUUCAUAUUCAACCUGAAAAGUUUGACGACAUUAAAAUAUCUUCAAACAACAAAUCUAAUGAAAAAAUUUGUGUAGCUGUCAAAAAGAAAAAAGUUUCAAAUUCAAAGAGAGCAAAAAGUAUUCCUGAAGUCAUCAAAUCGCCAAUAAAAGUUCAAAUGACAGUCGAAGGAAUUCAAAGUGUCGAUUAUCUUAUGUCACCAAAAAAAGAAAAUUUAACAAAAUGUGCCGACUUAGCAGAAAAAAGCGAUCGUUUGCUUCUUGAAAGUCGAUGGUUUAGACAAAGCAAAUUGUCUUCUUUACUGCAAAGUUCUGCAAAUAAAAGCUCAAACAUUAGCAGUGAUCUAGGAUUUGAACGCAGUGCAUCUUUAGACUUCGAAUCUACUCAAGCAAUUGGAGAAGUCGGAAAUUGUGAUUUUGACGUUAUCGUGGAGUCUGAACAACUCGUUCCACCAAUCAAAUCACAAUAUGUACAAACCAAAACUUAUUAAGAUUUUCCUAAAAAAGAUUCAGUGAAAAGUUAAAUCUUAAUUAACAUUCAGUGUCUUAAACAGAAAACGAAAAUAUUAAUAAGAAAAUCGUGCCGACAGCAAAAUGUCAAACAACCUACUUCUUAUGAUCUCAUCAUAAAUGUCAAAAUUAUGUUAAAAUCUUUUCCUUAAUCUAACAGUAUAAGAGUAUAUAAAUGUUUUUAAUGUCAUUAUCCUCAAAUGUUAAAUUAAGAUGAGUAAAAGAAAAGUAAGGAAAAUAAAUGACAAGUGACAUUCAACCUUAUAUGUACAAACUCCUACAUUUUUAUCGUGAACUGUGAUAUAUCUAUUCAUUUACAAAGUUCCAUACGCCCCCUCACUUCGGUCCCUUUCUCAAUCCGCGCCUGCUCCAACACACCGUCACUUCCCUGGAACGCGCUUCAAAACAAUACCUAAAGCAAUAGAAACGAAAAAAUACACAAACAUUCUCUCGCUCAAAG